CGCUGGUGCGCUGUGUCCCUCGGACACAGCGGAUCACGGAAAGAGCCGAAGAUGUCGGCUCGGUCAUCUGAUCAAUCACAGCUGAUCACAUGAGAGCUGGUAAUCAGCUUUCCGCGGAGGGGACAUGUACACUGAUCAUCAGGGCACUGAUGAUCAGUGUGCCCUGAUGAUCAGUGUGGCCCCAGAAGUGCCACCUGUCAGUGCUCAUCAGUGCUAUGUGCCAGUGCCCAUCAGUGCCACAUCAAUGCCACAUAUCAGUGCAUACCAGUGCACAUCAAUGCCACAUAUCAGUGCCCAUCUGAGCUGCCUUUCAAUGUCACCCAUCAGUGCCAGUCAGUGCCCCCUAUCAAUGCCAAUCAGUGCCACCUAUCAGUGCUGCCAAUCAGUGCCACCUAUCAGUGCCAGUCAGUGUCGCCUAUCAGUGCACAUCAGU